AUGACCUAUGGCGAGGCUAACGAGCUCGUUGCCCAGGCCGCCGCGGGGCUCAAGUCCCUGGGGCUGGCCGUGGGCGACAGGGGCAUCAACCGGAUGGGUUUCGUGUGCGUACCGCUGUAUGACACGCUGGGGGACGCGGCGGUGGCGUACGUCGUAGACCACGCUGAGGUGCGUGUCGUGCUGUGCAGCCCCUCAAAGCUGCGGGAGGUGGCCAAGACUGCGGCCAGGCUGGCGGAGGGUGGCGCGGGGCGGCUGCAGGCGGUGGCGUACUGGGGCCGGCCCGACGCAGACGCCGUGAAGGCGAUAGAGGCGUCGGUGCCCAAGGUGCUGACGUGGCGCGACCUGCUCGCGGCGGGCGCGGCCGCGCCGUGCGCCCCCGAGGCGCCGCGGCCGGACACCCUGUGCACCAUCAUGUACACCAGCGGCACCACAGGCGCGGCCGCUGCCCCUGCAGCAUCUGAUUUUCAAGCACUCAGCAGCUGUCCGAUCUAA